UGAAAAUUUUCUGGUUAUUUAACACUGGUUGUUGGUUUCCUGAUACUCAUAAAUAAACAAAACAAAACAAAACAAAAAUCAUGACAACAGAAUCAUCUACCACAUAUUCAAUUGUGGUUCCUUCUUCUUCUUCUUCUAUGACAACAUUGACAACUACAUCAACAUCAUCAUCAACAACAACACCUUCCACUAAUAUUUCAAUGAAUUCUAAUGGUAGUAAUAAUAAUGUUAUUCAUAGUAAAAGUUUAUCGAUAAAUCGUCAUUUUAAUCAAUCAUCGCCAUCACCAUCAAAUAAUGAAUCAACGAUAAUGAAUAAAAGUGGUAAUAAUAAUAAUCAAGGAGCUUGGAUCACAUCCAUAUCGGCUUCAAUGGCAAAUCAAUAUAAUAAUCAACAACAGCCAUCAAAUAAUCAUAAUCAUAAAAAUAAUAAUAAUCAACAACAACAACAACAACAAUUAGCCAAUCAUUUACGUUCACAUUUAUCAUCGACGACGGCUACGACAAAUUCUGGUCCACCACCAUCAUCAACAUUAUCACAAGCUGGUCCAUGUCCAGAAAAAGAUAAUAAUCAUGGAUAUUUAUCAAAUAGUCUAGCAUUUAGUGAAUUAAUGGCGCAAACAUUAACAUCAUCAUUUUGGAAUUUUCGUUCACGUUUUGAACGGUUAUUAUUGUUGAUUGUAUUCAUUGUUUGUAUACUAUGUAUUGUACUUCUAGUCUUAAUGGUACUAUUAUUGAUUAAUCAACCUUAUUUUCGUGGUGGAAAUUCUUUACCAAACCAUAAUAUCCCAGCUCGUUUUGAUAUCCAUGGUAUCAAUAGUAAUGAUAUGAUUACAACUGGAUGGAAUCAAUUAUCAUCAUCAUUACCAUCAUCAUAUCCAAAUCCACAAAUAAUACCCGGUUAUCAUUAUUAUUAUGCCGCUAAUAAUGGCCUAAAUAAUCCAUUGUCAUAUAGUAAUCUAUCAGCAGCAACAACUACUGAACAACAACAUCUCAAUAAUCAAUUUCCAACAAAAUUCUAUCAGAAUUUCAUUCCAACACCAAUGGGACCAAUCUUUUCGGCAUUACAACAUGUACGAAGCCAACAACAUCAACAACAACAACAAUCAAAUCAUUAUCAAACAGCAACUCAAACGACAAAUCAUCAUCAAUCAUUUCAGGAUCCAAAAUCAGUUUGUCUUCGUCCUGGUUGUGUCAAAGCAGCAUCAGAAAUAUUGAAUCUAAUCGAUGAAACAAUUAAUCCAUGUGAUGAUUUUUAUCGUUUUGCUUGUGGUGGCUGGAUACAUCGUACUGCGAUACCGGAUGAAGCAGGUCAUAUAUCGAUUUUUGAACAAUCAAGAGAACGGUUAGAUAUACAAUUAAAAGAUUUAAUUGAAACAUCCAAUAAUACAACACCAGCAAUUGAAACAAUGAAAAAUAUGUAUCGAUCAUGUAUGAAUCUGUCGGCAAUUGAAAAAUUAGGCAUAACAUCAUUACGUAAUGCAUUGGAUGAAUUAGGUGGUUGGCCUGUAGUGGAAGGUGCCAAUUGGAAUGAAACAUCAUUUGAUUGGAUUAAUGUAACAAAGAAAAUACGACAAAUUGGUUUUAAACCUGAAAUGUUUGUCACAUUUAAAGUGAUUGCCGAUGUUAUGAAUAAUACAAGGAAUAUGAUUUUUGUUGAUGAAGCUACACUUGGUCUACGUAGACAAUUGAUCACGCAAGGACCAAAUCAUACAACUGUACGUGUUUAUCAUCAAUUGAUGGUCGAUACAGCAAUGUUAUUUGGUGCAGAAAAUCGUACACAAGUUGAAUUAGAAAUGUGGGAUACAAUUGCAUUGGAAUCACAGAUUGCACAUGCUACACAUGACCCAAUGCAAGGUGAAAAGAAACAAUCAUGGUAUCUAUAUCUGAAAGCAUUUGCUGAUGUUGCCAAUCAGAGCGAAGUACUUGCCACAAAUCAAUCACGAUUGGGACAUGAUUGGAUACGUUUUGUAAAUGCUGCAAUCGAUUUACCAAACAAUGAUGGUGGUAGUGAUUUGAAAUUCACUGAAAAAGAAUUAGUUAUGGUGGAUAAUAUUCGUUAUAUGGGACAGAUUGAUUAUCUAAUUUCAUUUGUAAAUAAACAUGAUAAAAGAUUACUUGCUAAUUAUAUGUUAUGGCGUGUUGUAUUACAAAAUUUGGGUACCGGCAGUAAAGUAAUGCGUGAUAUGAGAGAUAACCUGAAUAAACAUCUUUACGGUAUAACGGAAAAAAUGGCACGUUGGAAGUUAUGUCUUUCACAAUUGACUGGUAGUCUAGCAAUGGCUCUUUCGUCACAUUAUAUUAAACAUCAUUUUAAUGAAACAUCACGUGACAAAGCAAAAGAAAUGGUUCGUUUUAUACAGCAAGAAUUUGAAGAUAUUCUUCAUCAUACUGAAUGGAUGGAUGGUGAAACCAAAAAGAAUGCAUAUAAAAAAUCACAUGCAAUGAAAGCCAUUGUAGGAUAUCCGGCUGAAUUGGCUAAUGAUACAUUGGUUGAGCAACAUUAUAAAGAUCUGCAAUUAACACCGGAUAAUUUUGAGCUAAACAUCCGUCGUGUACGUAUUUGGGCACAUCGUAAUGAAUUUAAAAAAUUACGACAACGUAAUGAUCCACACAACUGGAAAUAUUUUUCCAAUGCAGCCAAUGUAAAUGCAUUUUAUUGGUCACAAGCGAAUUCUAUUGUAAUACCUGCCGGCAUAUUAAGAGAUAUAUUCUAUGAUCAUGAUCGUCCACAAUAUCUGAAUUUCGGAACAAUCGGCUAUGUUAUUGGCCACGAGAUUACACAUGGAUUCGAUAAUAUUGGUGCACAAUUUGAUGAAAUUGGUAAUGCACGUAAUUGGUGGAAGAAUGAAACAAAAAAACAUUAUAAUGAAAAGGCACAAUGUAUGGUGAAACAAUAUCGUGAAUAUUCGUUGCCAAGAAAAUUGCAAAUAAAUGGUGAUCUUACAUUGAAAGAAAAUAUUGCCGAUAAUGGUGCCAUUAAAGAAGCAUAUCAAGCAUAUGAAAAAUAUGUUUCGAAAUUUGGUGAAGAAUUAUUAUUACCCGGUCUUCGCUAUACAUCACGGCAAUUAUUCUGGAUUGCUGCUGCUAUGAAUUGGUGUAGUAAAUCUUCACCGGAAAUGUUCAAAACACGUUUAGAUACCGAUAGUCAUAGUCCAUCGGAAGCCAGGGUAAAUGUUGCAUUUAGCAAUUAUCAACCAUUUGCAGAUACAUUCGGAUGCCGUAUUGGUACGAAAUCAAAUGCAAAUCAUAAAUGUUUGGUUUGGUAGAGAUGAUAAACGAUCAAUUAACAACAGCCAAUUUUAAAAACAAUCAACCAUUGCUUGUGUUUGAAGACGACCAUUUAUCGUUUCUUCGACAAAACAAUGAACAACAAUGACGACGAAAAAUUAGAGAUUUUUUUCGCUUACAAUUGUGAUAAAACUAUUAUUUAAUCAAAUAUUGAUUAUUUGGACACACCACACACACACACACAAUGACACCUUUAGCUCCAAAAUUUCAUCAAUAUUAUUAUCAACAACAACUACUCAGCUCUCAUUAUCAGUGUUAUUUUAGUUUAGUUUAGGAAUUUUUUUUCAAUUUUUUUUCCAAUCACCAAACUGUAUAUGGGGUUCAAAUUUUCUUUUGUUCCAAAUUUUUUAAAUAUCUGUUCUAUUUAAAUUCAUUCCACCAUGCAACACACACACACCCAAAAAGGUUCAAAUGUGUAUCGAUUUCUUUCUUUGUUCACAUUUUUUUUCCAAUUUUUAUUUUUACUAAAACACAAAAUUCAAUUAUUUUAAUAACACAGCCCUUUAUUCAUCAUCCAAAAAUGAAAAUACAACACAGACAGAAGAUUUUUUGAAUACUUUUUUUUAGUUCAUUUUAUUUUCAAAUUUUUAAUUUCCAACACACACAAUGACCAGUAAUUUUAUAUUGUUCUCAAGAAGAAAUCUUUUUGUUCAAAAAAAAAAAUCCGAUUUCAAUUUAUCGACGAUGACGAUGCAAAAUGUACGGAUUUCAUAUAGACUGAGAUUAAGUGAGAAGAAAAAUUCAAAUUAAACAACCAAAAGAAAAAAAAGAAUUCAUUCUUUUCA